UUAGAGAGAACAAAAUCAGAGGAUGUGGAACUCCUAGAAAGCAGUGAGGCAGUGUUGGUAUCUCUCAAAAAUGAUUUAAUCAUUUUUGGCUUCACCUUGGCUUUUGGGUUGUAAAACACAAACGGUGGUAUCCCUCUUGCACGGCGGCCCAUCUUGCAACUAUGUAAAGUCCCUUUACAGAACGACAAGACUCUGAAUUCUCACCAACUAAAGGGGACCUUACAGAAAAAAAGAGGAAUCAGCUGAGACCGAGGAGAUACAGGAGGUUGGCAAUAGAAAACGGAUCGGGAAGAGGAUCAAAAAAAGAAAAAAGGGAAGAGAGGAGUUUUGAAAAGAGGGGACGAGACUGAAGCAAGGAGGACUGGAAGUGAAGUUGCUGGAUCACAGAGGUGAAACGAAGAGAGUAAAUAGAAGCGGAAAUGAAAACAAGAGACUACUGGACCAGGCGUUGCUGAAGCUGAAACAGAAAGGGAAAAUAAAAGAUAGCUUCAAGAGUGUCAUGAAGAAACUUGGUGAACAAAGUAAAACUUCUCAUACGAGGAAGAAGCUUAUGGAUCUUUCAGUGCUGCAUAAAUGUUUUUAUUGAAAAAAUAUUUUCCUGGUGUUUUCUUAGUCACCUUGAUGUUGUUGCCCUUGAAGAACGGAUUAGCACAAAAGGUUUUUUCACUGAGGAAAGCUUUAUCCCAAAAUUGCAUAUUCCAUGUGAUGAAGAAAUUCAUUUUGCAAAUGAGCUAAUAGACAUUCACUUUCAGUUAGCUUUGGAUGAUCAGUUGAAAAUAUGCUAGUCUAAAAUCCAUGCAGACCAAGAUAAAUCUUAAUUUGCAAGAUGAGCGGAUAAAGGUGCUGCAAGAGAAGCUCUCCACUACAGAGGAGAAACUGCAGGUUUCUGACAUAUCUGCAAAUGAGACCAGAACAGAAUUUGAAGGUCAACAAAAGCUUGUACAUGAGUUGCAAAGGCGUUUAGAAGAUGCAGAAUAUAAAGUUACAGUAGGGGAGAAACUGAGGAAAGAAUUGCACAAUACGAUUUUGGAACUGAAAGGGAACAUCCGUGUGUUCUGUAAAGUACGGCCUUUGUUACCUGAUGAGGCUCGUAGCACAGAAGGAAAGGUUAUAUCUUAUCCCACAUCGAUGGAAGCAUUUGGAUGGGGCAUUGAAUUGACACAAAGUGGAGGAACUGCAACAAGUUAGGGAGCAAUAUGUUUGUGAAUGGAUUUUGGAUGUGGACAAUGUUCGGAGAAAUUAAGUGUUGCAAGAUUUAGGCAUUUUGUAGAAUGUUGGGUAAUAAUGAUUUUUGCAAAGUUAUAUAUUGUUUGUUAAGAACUUUUUCAAUAUGUAUUGAUGUUGAUUGUACAUAUUUGUUCUUAAGAAUGUUGAAAGAAAAAUAGUUGUUACAUUUAUUGUUAAUGAAAUUUGAAGAUCAGAACGAUCAAUGUUUAAAA